GUUUUGUUAAUACUGGAAGUACGCCUUCAGAAAGUUGUCCCACGGUUUUACUCAAGUAUACUCUUACAAGCUCCGAAAGGACAUUACGUGGAACUGAAUUUCACCGUGGAGAGUUCAUAUCUAACACCCUGCAUUGAUGAUAAGUACCUUGAGGUUCGUGAUGGAUACAACAAGUCUGCCAAUCUUCUUGGUGUAUUUUGUGGAAGGAACAUUUCUGUUAUUGUGCGAUCCAGUGGACAGAACUUGUGGAUCAGAAAAUCAGCCUAUUAUUUUAACAGGUUUCGGGGCACGUACACCAACAAAAUAUUCAACCUUACAGGUAUUGUCCUCUGAAAUUACUAACUGAAACAAUUCUUACAUGUUUCAAAGUCGUCGCAACACGGAAGGAAUAGAUGGCAAUUACGAGUACUCCAACACAUUUGGUAAUUUAAUUUAUUUCUUUUCUUCCAGUUGAACCCAACCUAGACAAGGUGGCCAAAACUCAAUUUGUUAUUUUCAACCAAACUUCAUCUCUUUGGUGUCCAGCACAAGGUGCACCAGCACCAUCUAUAGUUUGGAGAAAGAACGGCAUUGUGGUACAGUACAGUACAAGUGUCAAACAUCAGCUGACCAUUACUGAGGAGAACAAUGACAAGUACAGCUGUGAAGUGAAGAAAAAGAAUGGUUUUGACAAGAAAAAAAUCCAUCUUGUCAUUGAAAGUGAGUUUUUUCACAAACGAAUUAAGUGGGGUAAGUUUUUAAAGAAACUGUGGUGCCUUUUCGGUGGGGAGUAUUACAUGAUGAUUUGGUUUUGCUCUUCGUAGAGCGAAACAUUUCUCCCUGACGAAGGGCUAACCCUCCAGACGUCAGCUUUAGAAACCCUUUUUCAUUGUCAAGUCAUUUGAUAAAACUAAACUAUUAAUUUACAAACAAUUGAUUCUAAAGUCAGUCUGGCGUUGAGGAAAAUAUACUGCACGUUUGCAAAGUUUGCCUAAUUGCAAAAAAAAUUAAGCAACUCUUAACGCUCUCUAACUUUUAAGCUGAAAGACUGACACAAUAGUUUUAUUGACCAGGAGCCAAUGUAUAGUAUGAAGCGUUCACGAGAUAACUAGAUGGCAGCUAUCAUUUCAGAGUACUCCAUUUCACACACUCAGAGGUAACAACCAAAGAGCCUCACAACAAAGAAACGGUAGUACAUUCAUAUCGUCUUGCUUUAUUCAAGGGUGCCCAGAUCCCUGUCGAUGUACAAUUGCAGUUGGAAUCAUGGACGCAGCUACUCGCAUUGAAUGUAGAGAAAAACACUUACAGUCAGUUCCACGGCACUUGCCUUUUUCUACAGCGAAAUUGUAAGCGUUUCAACUCUUCUACUUUCUCUAGGCGGGGGUGAGGGGGAUGGGAAGUAAUAAAAAGCAAUGCACAAGACGUAAGAUGUUCAAUCUAACCCUAGAAAAAUAUCCCCAUUUUAAAGAAAAAAACCAAAUAGAGCAGCCAUCACCUGAAGACUUCCAUAACAACUCGCCUUUGGUCGUACUGUAAGACACUGAUGUUAUAAUUUUGUCGCUAUUGGCGCUUGAAAAGCUAAGAGUUAACACUGUUUACCGAUAUAGGGGUGAUAUUGUCUUAUGUGAUGGUUUGAAAUAGUUUUAAUACUUUCAGGUGGUUACAAAAUAACAAGAUCAAGAAGCUGCGAUGUGACUCAUUUUCUCAGUUAGUCAGGCUGCGAGAGCUGUAAGUGAAACGUAGCAUUCUUAUAUCGGUUAUUUUACAUGUUUAGGUUUACGAUGUGGAAUCCAUCCUGCAGAUACUAAGACAAUUCCAUAUCCGCAUUGCAAACAAACCAAUCACAGGGGAGCCAUAUUGUUAAAUACUAACUCAAUCAGUCAGCUUUUCUCACAAAAAAUAAGUUAAAGUAAUUUUUCGCCAUGUUUUCUCCCUGAGAGUUAAGCAAGUUAGUAACUUUCAUCAGAUUUAGUCCGCUGCUAGUUAGACAAAUUGUUUCUUUUAUACUGCAAACUGGUUACUUGACUGAUGUACAAGUUCUCUUCGAAAAGCACUAAAGCAACAAAAUAAAUCCAACGCAAACCUACCUGAAAAAUAAAGAUAACAUUGGAAAAAUAUAGCAGAAAUAGCAAAGAAAACGUUGAAAAGUCAGUUUAAAUUAUACAUGAAUCUUGUUGUAGAAUCUUACAUGGAAACCAGAUAGAGAGGCUACUGGCUGAAGUCUUCAAAAACAACUCCGACUUGGCCUUCUUAUAAGUAACCAGUAAACGUUUAAUGUAUUAUUGGUUUGGUCUCGAUUCAACCGCCAUUUGCGUAGAGUUAUGUCAUUUACUAACUUUGUGAGGAAAGGUUUUCUAGCCGAAUGGUUUUUUGUUAUCUGACUGGAGGGCAUUUCAAAAAUGCCCCACUAAAACCCAUCAUGUAUCCUUUUUGUAGGAGCUUAGCAGGGAACCAGAUAGAGGAGCUACCAGCGGGAGUCUUCAGUAACAACAACAAGUUGCUCAACUUGUGAGUAGGAAGACUAAAAGUUCGUAGUCGAUCUACAUAUUUUUACUGUUAUAUCCUUCUCCAAAUCCAUGAUAAUUUUCAAUGCUCAAAUACUAUUGUACGCUACGAAUGAGUGCAGCCACAAUCGUGUUGAGAGAGGAACCUUACCUUUUAGUUCAUUUUCCAGAGUACCAUAAUGUUUAUUUGUCAGCGACUGGAGAAGGUUCCAGCACUUUAAUAUCCCUCGGCGACGUGUACGAAACAAGUUAAAUAUUCUGUUUCCCUGGAGGAGGUAAAUAUUCUAGGUUUACCUAGAUGAGCUAGGUUAUGUCUACCUAGAUUCCCUUGCGCAUUAUAAGUAUUGAAACACGUUAUGCGUUCUUAUGUGAUCGUAUGACGCAGUUUUAUUAAGAAUUUAAUAAAAUAAUAAAAGAUUUUUAGGCCGAAACAAGAUAAAAAAUGUUGCCUGGUAAAUCAUUUGCCAAAUUGCUAAACCUGCACUGGCUGUAAGUGAAGAGUGGUUGUUUUACAUUAACUAUUGCGUGAUCGUGUCGCAACGAAUAAUAAUGUCGAUAAUAGUGUAAAACACAAACCGAUUACUGUACAAGGACCCACCAACACGUAGUAAUAGACAUGUGUGCGGAUUGUUUACAUGUUCAAACUCUCCGAAUAUCGACGCUCGUACAUCAGCGAUAUUGGUAGCAACCUCAAAACAAGUUCGAUUGAAACCAUACGAGCGCUUACAAAUGGUGAUGUCAGUAACUGUUCAACCUAAAUCCAGGACAUAUCCCUAUUUUAGGGACUUAGACAACAACCAAAUAGAGGAGCUACCACCUAAAGUCUUUCAUAACAACCCGCAGCUGGUCAUACUGUAAGUAACCAAUCUUAAUGCCUUUGUUUCUAUUGGUGCUUGAUGUGCUAAGAAUUAUUAAAUACGUAACCCGUAGUGUAUGUAGCCAACCAAAACACUGCAAUUUUCAAACAAAACCCCCAAGUUAGGUUGUUGGUCUUAGCUUUUAUGACUGUAUAUUCUAUUUUUCUGAGUUUUGUUUUAUUUGCAUAUGGAAGAUUUCCUGUAUGGCCAGUGCUCGAAGGGGGCUGGAAGAAAAAAUAACGCGAUCGACUUGAUGUUUUCUCUAUUAAAUCUCAGCCUUGAUGUGAUGGUUUGAGACAUUUUUAACACAAAAAUGCCCAACUAAAAUCCAUGAUGUAUCCUUUUGUAGGAGCUUAGAAGGGAACCAGAUAGCGGAGCUACCAGCGGGAGUUUUCAGUAACAACAACAAGUUGCUCAACCUGUGAGUAGGAAGACUAAAAGUUCGUAGUCGACCUAUAUAUUUUUACUGUCAUAUCCUUCUCCAAAUUCUCGUUAAUUCUAAAAUACUCGAAUACUAACGUACGUUUUUAGCUCAUUUUCUAGAGUAACACGAUAUAUAUUUGUCAGCGACUGGAGAAGGUUCCACUGCUUUAAUAGGGACCUUUAGCAAACCACGACUCCGAUGGCAACGAGGACGUGGCAAAAAAAAAAAAAGAUGUAAUGAGCAGAACAAUAGCUCAGCACGUGCGUUUUAAAACUGUGCACAUUUUUUAUCCGUCCUAUGCAAAGCAACAACGUGAAAUUACCACAAUUUGCGUCGUCUGUGAACCGAAACCGCGACGGAAAAUUAUUUUAAUUUCCAUUUGGAACUUAACGUUUCUUUCAUACGUUAUGCUGAAGUUGAGGUGUGGUACCGUAUGAGACGGUAUACAAGUGCAGCCAUUUUUAAAAUUCUAAUUUAAGGCAGAAAUUCAUCAUUUAAUCGAAAUCUUCCUUGGCUUUGCCUUCCUGACUGCUUAAGGUCCUUUCUUACAAGGUGAAAUCAUUAACAUUUGCGUGGUCCGAGAAAGGAAACCCCGACGGCAAGAUAUUUAAGCUUCCAUUUGCAGCUCAACGCUGCUCUUAUAAGUCAUGCUGAGGUUAACUUGCGGCGCGGUAAGAGAUGGUAAACACAUCUAGUAAUUCGCUAGAUCUCAACUAAAAAUAUGUAUUGAUUUUUAAACCGACGCCUUCCUUAGCGUGUCCUUCCUAACUGCUAAAGGUCCCUAUCAUCCCUCGGCGACGUGAAAAAAAUAAAUUAAGUUCAGCCACGAUAGUCUUGAGAAAGGAACCUAACCUUUUGGUUCAUUUUCUGGAGUACUACAAUAUAUAUUUGUUAGCGACUAGAGAAGGUUCCACCGCUUUAAUAGGGACCUUAAGCAAACCACGACGGCGACGGCAAUGGGGACAUGGAAAAAAAUGGCUGAGCACGUGCGUUUUAAAACUUUGAGCAUUUGUUAGCCGUCCUAUGCAAAACAACAACGUGAAAUCACCACAAUUUGCGUCGUCUGCGAACCAAAACCGCGACGGCAAAUUGUGUCUAGUUCUAUUUGGAACUCGACGCUACUUUUAUACGUUAUGCUGAAGUUGAGGUGUGACGCCGUAUGAGACGGCAAACACAUGCAGCCAUUUUUUAAAUUCUAAUUGAAGGUAGAAAUUUGUCUUUUAAUCGAAGUAUUCCUUGGUGUUGCCGUCCUGACUGCUUAAGGUCUCUAAUAUUCCUCCGGGACGUGAACGAAACAAGUUAAAUAUUCGGUAUACCCCUACUGAGAGGAGCUAGGUUUACUACUAACUCAGUCGGUCAACUUUUCCCACAAAAAGUAGUUUUUUUGGCCUUUUUUUCUCCCUGAGAGUUAAGCAACAGUAACUUUCAUCAGAUUUAAGCCAGUGCUAGUCAGAGAAAUCAGUUUUUUUAAUACUGCAAACAUGUUAACUGACUGAUGUAUAAUUUUUCUCCGAAAAUUUCCAGAGUAACGAAAUUAAUCCAACGCAAAACUACCAGAAAAAUAAUGAUAAAAUGGCAGAAACAGCGGUGAAAACGUUGAAAACGUUGUUUCUAAGUUCAGUCCUUGAGGACUGAGACUGGACCUUACAUAUGUUUAUAUAAAUCAAUUUGUUCAAUCACGUUCAAGAUUAUAUUAAAAACAUUUGUUUAACCCUGACACGGCACAAAUAAACUGUCUUCCGACCGGAAAAGGUACGCAACAGCAGCAACACACAGAGGUAGUAUAAUUUUAACUUAAGUCAUGGAAUAUCUCUUCUUAGGUCCCUGGGUUAUAACCAGAUAAAGGAGCUACCACCUAGAGUCUUCAAUAAUAACACUGAGUUGAUCGAACUGUAA